AUGUCAGCUGCACGCUAUGCUGCCAGAUUUAUCAAUCGAAAUCCCCGGAAUUUGGAAAUGAUGGGGAUCCAGAAAGCGCCUACUGGAUAUGAAUUCGAAAAGGAUGGCGCUAAGCGUAGUUUUAUUUACAGAGUGGAAUUGCUCCAAUCGAAAGCUCACCAAGAUGCUCGUGUUGUUCAUUAUAUGGAUGGCCCAGUUAUUGAAGCCUCAACAAGAGAAAAAUCUAUUUCGGAACAACUGUACAGGUGGCUUGAACUUAGUACGACCAACACUGACACUUGUGCAGCCAUGAAUCUUGGCAGAAUAUUAGCAGUCCGAUGUCUACGCGCUGGAAUUCAUUUCGCCCUGCCAGCUGCAAGUGAGGAACAAAUUGAGAUUAGCAAGCAUCAACAAGAAUUUUUCAAAGCACUCAUUGCUGAAGGCCUGCAAUUAGAAGAACCUAAGGCACAGGAACAAAGUUAUGAGACAGAUAAAUCAAUGACAUGGCAACGAUAUCCAUUAAUGGCAACCCGGCAGGACAAGUUGGACGAAUUAUAA